AUUUCGGCCUAGCCAAAUGAGGCUUUCAAGCUGUUGCUUUCGGCCCAGUCCACUGCCGCGGUGACCGAGAGCGCUGGCGGCGAGCGGCGGCGCCGCCGCCGCAGCCGCCGCGCGCAUGGCGGCACGGGGAGGUAGGAGGCGGAGCAUGGAGGGGGAAGCUAGCUGCGCCCCGGCGCGACGGAGAUGAGGAGGCGCAAGCACAAGCGCACCCACCGACUACCGCCGCGGCGAGCGCUCGAGAAGAAGCUGAAGCGUGCUGCUCAAGAGUGCGAUGACACACUGCGCAAAUGCCGGCAACGCAUCCUGGAACAAGAAGAGGCAGAACAAGAAAAAACAGAACAAUGCAGCAAGGAGGAGACCAAGUCAUUUUUUGUGUCUGUUGGUGGGUCUGUGUGGAGGUGGGCAUGCCAAGCCAACAUAAGGUGCCAAAUAGAACAAUUUCAAUGCAUAUGGAAGACAGGUAUGCCAUUAAAAGUGUUCAGAAGAAUCCCAAUACUUGGUCCAAUUACAAAGCAUGACCGGUUGGUAGUCUAUGAUUCAGAAUAGUUAAUUGUGUCACUAGUAUGUACAGUUCAUUUUAUAAUUGAUGCUGAUGGACCCUUUCGCAAAGGAAGAAGACUUGCAAUCCUGUGAAACAGAGUGUGGCAGGCAAUUUCACCGGUCUGAACAUAUAUUACUCAAAAGUUGGUUCAGUUACAGAAUAUCUGGAGAAAUACCAGAGCUGGACGCACAUUUAUGGUCUUCAGGCUUGCAGUGCAAUCUGUUUACAUCAUUAUUUUCAACUAGUUUGGUGAGUUAUUGUCUGCUGGGUACUCUUCGGUGAACCUGUGUGACCACAAAUUGCUUCCUAUUGAUUCAACUCAGAAGGGAGGGAACAUGGGAGAGGUAGUCAGUUCUGCCGUUGUUCAUGAGACAGUGAACAAAAUCAUAUCUGGCUUGAUUGACAAGUAUGAGCAAAAUUCAAGUGCGGAGGAGCAGAUGGAGAGGUUGGAGAUGGCGCACAUCAAGUUGGAGACUGCACUUGAGACAUCCAGUAAGUGGCAGAUCACUGGUGGGCCCUUGCAACGUUGGCAGAAGAAGCUGAAGCGUGCUGCUGAAGAGUGUGAUGAUACACUGCGCAAAUGUAGGCAGCGCGUCCAAGAAGAAGAACAGGCUGAACAACAAGUAAGGAAUUCCUCCUUACCUACGCGAGUUGCCCAUGCCACCAAGUCACUGAUAUCAUCCAUCUUUCACGGCAAUAUCGACGAGCCGAUUAGAUCUGCUGUUCGAAGAUUUGAAUGGUUUGCUGAUGGAGCUAAUGACUUUCUGAGAUCCGUGGAGUUUGGAGGGACACCACGUCGUUACUUGUUCUUUGACCCUCUUAUCGGGCGCCUUCUUGCAGGCGAAACACUUGAGUACAAAUUAGUGCAAGGAAACAAUCAGCAUUUGUUUUGGAUACGGCCAAAUAACACCGCAGAGCGAGGAGUAGAAGCUAAGUUGAUCUUUGUUUACAAUGAUGAAAGUGUGCCUGUGAAUAACUUUUUUCUAGGUAUGAUGCUACAACUUUCAGAGUGCACAAACAUAGUUGGUACUGCAAUUAAGUGCUUGCAGUUGUUUGCCCCUCAUUUCAAGUCUACAACUGAAACUGUUAGGAAGGAACUUAGUCAACUACCUACACAGGACUUCUCAUGGGUGCCACGUUCUCAUUCAUACCAUUGGGACAGUAUUCACAGUACAGUUACUGAAUGGUUCCGCCCAAACCCAAUGUGUUGCAAGCAUCGUAGUCAGAAGGUAUGUAGUAGUGGCAACAUGGAGAAGACAUAUUUACCAGACAUUUCUCUAGAAUCAGUUAUUGACGUGAGUUUGCAGUGCCAAGUUUCACUGCCUGGGUUAAAAGAUCAGGUCACAGUUGUUGAGAGCAAACCUUCUCUCAAAGAAUUUCCGCAUCUGAAAGUUCACCUUGUCUAUACGCCCCAUGGCUCUUCAGAAGACCUAUUCCCAGCAGUCGAGAGUUCUGUGAUAGAGAUGGUUAAUGGUGUUGACCAACAUUGCUUGCACACAAACAUUGCCUUGGAACAAAUGGAAGGGAUCAUGCUGCCAAGGGCUGUAGAUUGUUUUCGUCAGAAUGCAGGAACAACAGUGUAUCAGAUGGUUUGGAAGUCCAAACAUGGUGGUGCAUAUCUUCAGGCUGUGAAGGUAUCCAAGAACAUGCUGAGGCAGAGAACCAUUCGAGGAGCCAAGAAAGCGAAGCUAUUGCGACGACAUGAUCAUUGGACACAGAGUCGCAUAGAUGUGAUCUCUGAUUUCUUAAAUCUUUGGGCUGCGCAUGCGCCUGUCCAGCUGCAGGGCUCAAUCCUCGAUUGGACUCAGAAAGAAAAGGAAGCACAGUUAGCACCUCAUCUACUACAUCUGAAAUUUUAGAUCAUGUAAUAGGGACUUGUCAGGGAAAUAGGGAUACUUCAAAGAAUGAAAAUGUACUACCCCGUCACAAAAUAUAAGCACUUUUAGCUAAGAAUAUGGAUAAAAAUGCUUAUAUUUUGGGACAAAGGGAGUAAUAUUCUAGCAGGGGAAGUGACUUAGGGAGUUAUCUCCAAGUUAUUAGGAGUGUAUUGAUCUGAAAUGUGUGCUCCAUAUAUUUGCUGCUGCUGUUUGCGCAGCGCAGAACUUAGUAAAUGGUGAUAACUUGAUGUUCAUUCCCUGGAAAUCUAAUGUACAGUUUCACCACUGGAUAUUUGGAUGUCAUAUUCUAUUUGAAUUUACAUGCGUGUAAUA